AUGGAAAGUGUACGUGAGAGAUCAAAACCGCCGCUGACAAAUCAUCGUACCGAAAGAUUUCGGUCGUUUUCAUAUUCUGACGCAUCACCAUCGUCAGUUACUUCAGAAGUAUCUAGUUCUCCGUCUUCACCUUCUUCUACAAUAGGAAAACAACACAUACCAAUUGUAUAUCCAGCUUUGCUUUCACGAGUUGCAGACGCAUUUCGUGCGCGAGUUACUUUAUCAAAUAGGAUGAAGGAUAAUCUCGAGUAUAAAGAUUGUUUUGACGGAAGAGAGGCUGUGGAUAAGAUUGCGUUUAUCAUCAAAACAACGGAUAGAAAUUUGGCACUUUUACUUGGUCGAGCUUUGGAUUCUCAAAAGUUUUUCCAUGAUGUCACAUACGAUCAUAGACUUCGCGAUUCUCCAAACGAGUUAUAUCAAUUUCAAAAAAUGCCUUCAAUAUUGUCAUCAUCUGAGAAUUAUGAGCUUGAAGACGACGUUGAAGAAGAAGAAAUAGAAGAAAACGAUUUACCAAAUGGCGUAUUUACUUUAUUGACUGAUUGCUAUUCACCUACAUGUACUCGGGAUAACUUAUGUUAUAGCAUUGCUUGCCCACGGAGAUUAGAACAACAUGCAAGAAAAAAUAUGAAGCCCAAUCCAGGAUUGAAAAGAGCUGUGAGCCGUGGAUCUAUCUCUGAUAAAAAGGAUCAGAAAUUGUGGAUUCAUACGGUACCACCUGAGAUUGCUAAUACAGUUUCAGAAACAGAGAAAAAACGCCAAGAAGCCAUAAAUGAAGUAAUAUAUACAGAAAAGGAUUUUGUUCGCGAUUUGGAAUAUCUGAGAGACUGUUGGAUGAAUCCUCUCUUAAAUCAAAAUUUCAUACCUGAAUCCCGGCGAAAAAAUUUUGUUAAUGAAGUUUUUUAUAACAUAUUGGAAGUCCAUAACGUUAAUUCUAAAUUGGCUGAUGCUUUACAAAAACGUCAAAAUUCAUUUGCUAUUGUAGAGCAAAUUGGGGAUAUAUUUUUAGAAUAUGCUCCUUUGUUUGAUCCGUUCAUAAAAUACGGUGCUCAUCAAUUAUGGGGCAAGUAUGAAUUUGAGAGAGAAAAAAAUAGCAACCAUGUUUUCGCAAAAUUCGUGGAGGUAAGUUAUGAAACUGAACGUCGACCUGAAUCUAGGAAACUCGAGCUUAAUGGAUAUCUAACAAAGCCAACAACACGGCUUGGUCGUUAUCCAUUACUUUUGGAGGCUGUUCUCAAACAAACCCCUCAAGAACAUCCUGACCGUAUUAAUUUACCCAAAGUUAUUAAGAUUAUUAAAGAAUUCCUAACAAAUGUUAAUGUCGAAUCUGGAAAAUCCGAAAAUCGAUUUAAUCUGCAGCAACUAAACGAUCAAUUGAUUCCAAAAGGAGAACAUGAUCUUGGAUUAACGGAGGAGGGGCGUCAAUUAAUUUUCAAAGGUUCUUUGAAGAAGCGAGGUGGUGGCGGGGAAUCUUCUGACUUGCAGGUGUUUUUAUUUGAUCAUGCUUUACUAAUGGUGAAGGUUAAAACCGUGAAUAAAGUUGAGCAAUAUAAGAUUCAUCGGAAGCCAAUACCUCUUGUGCUUUUAAGCGUAUCUGCGACAGAAGGUCAAUCUGAGGGAAAUAAACGCCCACCAUCUAUUUUACCUGGAAAAAAUCCAACAGUAGUGCGUGGAAAUGGCGACAAGCAAUAUGCACUUACAUUUGGUCGUCUUGGAAAGCAAUCAUUUACUGUAACAUUAUAUGCUACCACAUUUAUCAGCCGCAGAAAAUGGAUUGAACAUAUUGAAAAACAGAAAGAAAUAAUUAACGAUAAGAGUAAAGUUUUCGAAAGAGGAAUCUCGUUAGAGAAACUGAGUACUGGUCCGAAUAAAGUUAAUUGUGGAUCCUAUUUUGACGGCUACAGUAAGUUAGUUUUCGGAACAGAUCUCGGAAUAUAUGUAUUGGAAAUUGGCUCAAGUUCAAAAGCUGUUCGUGUAAUUCAAUUAGAAAGAGUAUCUCAGAUAGAUGUCCUUGAAGAAUUUCGGUUGUUGUUAGUGUUAGCAGAUAAAUGUUUUUAUUCAUAUCCACUUGAAUCAUUGGAUCCUAUUAAAUCAAAAGAAGCCAUUAAACGGUCAAGCAAAAUUAGUUCACACGCCAGUUUUUUUAAGUCUGGAACUUGCCUUGGAAAGACUUUGGUGACCGUAGUAAAAAAUAGUGCCCUUAAUUCAACUAUUAAAACACUCGAACCUAUUGAGCAAAACAUAAAAAACAAAAAUAAAAGCCCACUUAAGAUUUUGAGUGGAAGAAGUAGCGAUUCAUUAAAAACAUAUAAGGAAUUCUACAUACCAACGGAAUUAACGUCGGUAAAUUUCCUUAGUAAAAAAUUAUGUGUGGGAUGUUGUGCAAAAGGGUUUGAGAUUGUUGAUUUAGAAACACUUAUUACGCAAAGUUUAAUUGAUCCGGAUGAUGUUUCGCUCGAUUUUGUUCAAAAGAAAGAAAAUGUUAAGCCAAUUGCUAUAUACCGAAUUUCAGGGGGAGACUUUUUAUUAUGUUAUGAUGAAUUCGCUUUCUAUGUUAAUAAGGUUGGAUGGCGUUCACGUUCAAAUUGGUUAAUAACGUGGGAAGGAUCUCCCACUUCUUUUGCUCUCCGUUAUCCUUAUGUACUUGCAUUUGAACCAUCUUUUAUUGAAGUACGUCAUGUUGAGACUGGAAUUCUUGAGCAGAUUAUUGAAGGACACAACAUGCGUUGUUUAUAUUCUGAUUCACGUGGCAAUAUUUUAGUUGUUACAACGGAUCAAGCAACAGACAGUUCUGAAGUUUUUUCAUUAAAACUUGUUGAUGGCAGAAGGAGUUCUUUAAUUUCUGAGGCUACAAGUAUAUCCACAAGUGUUUUAGGAUAUGAGGAUGGUAACACAAGGCCUGAUAAUGGUAGUUGA